AUGAUCACAAAAUGCUGCUUCGACACCAAGGCAAAAGCCUUUAACAUCCACCUCAAAGACAACAAGCCUUACAGCUCGCUGUCCGGCGAUAGUCUGAAAGCCCUCGGCGUUCCUAUACCUUACAUCGUGGAAGACUUUUCGUACCACGCCCACGACAACGUCAACGUGAGCUUCGCCAGGGCAGAAGCGACAGUCAACGAAGUCUUUUUUUACGGAUCCCGGCUCGAAGUCGACAUGAGUGCGACCAUAGACAACUUCCAGAUCAAAGCUUACUACGAACACCUCAGCAAACUGAUCUCGGACGAGCCCGAGUUGAAAUUCGAGCACAAGCGACUCGCGUUUCACUUUCGGCGCAAGUGGACGGAGGUGGGAUCGUUCAGGAUUCCAACGACUUUGAAUCUGUACGGGCCUCUUUACAUCGACCUGUACUCGAAAGUUGUUACCACCGAGCGGGAUGGGCAGACGGACUAUACAUUUCACAUCAGUGGCCAUGUUCGUGGAACGGGGCUUACCGGACGACUCGAUGAAUCACAAGGCAGGCUUGUUCCUGUUAUGGACUGGCUGAAUGGGACGCUGGCUGAUGCUGCUGUUUGUUGA